AUGGAACCAUCAAGCCAUGCACACAAGAACUCGUCAGUCAUGCCACCUCUACCCAAAGACUCGCGUGGCUCGCUCGAAGUGUUCAAUCCAUCAACCCACUCCGCCAGACCAGGCUUUGUUCGCCCCCAACCCUCUUGGCAAAGCUGGGUAGAGCCCACCACCCAUCCCGAGCCGGAGCUCGCCACUUUCUCAUCCAAGUCCGGCAGGUCAAACGCCGGCGAAAUCACGUCAUGGAUGGCUCUCAAGGACCCCACUCCACCAUCACCACCACCGUCGCAACAUCAACAGCGCCAGUCAUCACCAGUCACCCAUAAGAGCUUACAGGCAAUCAUCAACGACCAGGACGGGAAAAAGUCGCCGGCGAAGUCUCAGCCACCGGGGGAAGCUGGUGUCGCAGCACAAAGAGCGGCGGAGUGGGGAUUGGUGCUGAAGACAGACACCGAGACUGGUAAACCACAAGGGGUCAAAGUAAGAACGUCCGCCGAAGAACAGAAUAAUAAGCAUGGGAGUUCUCGGAAGGACUCCGGUAAUUCAGUGCGAAGCUCCGGUGAAUUCUCAGAUGAUGGAGCAGGUAAGGAGAGGGGGUUUCCAAGGGUGUCUGAGGACUUGAAGGAUGCAUUAUCGGCAUUUCAACAAACUUUUGUGGUCUCCGACGCCACAAAACCCGAUUUUCCGAUCAUGUAUGCAAGUGCUGGCUUCUUCAAGAUGACUGGUUACACAUCAAGGGAGGUUAUAGGCAGAAAUUGCCGGUUCUUACAGGGUGCAGGUACAGAUCCGGAAGAUGUGGCAAAGAUCAGAGAAACGUUACAGGCAGGGGUUAGUUAUUGUGGGAGAUUGCUGAACUACAAGAAGGAUGGAACACCUUUCUGGAACCUCCUCACCAUUUCACCGAUCAAGGAUGAAACGGGAAAAGUUCUCAAAUUCAUCGGAAUGCAAGUGGAGGUUAGCAAGCAUACAGAGGGCUCUAAGGAGCAGAUGCUUCGUCCCAAUGGCCUGCCUGAAUCUCUGAUCCGAUAUGAUGGUUUUGCACAUNACCCAUUUGGUAUGCUUGAAAUGCAAGUGGAGGUUAGCAAGCAUACAGAGGGCUCUAAGGAGCAGAUGCUUCGUCCCAAUGGCCUGCCUGAAUCUCUGAUCCGAUAUGAUGCCCGGCAGAAGGAAAAAGCCACCAAUUCAGUAACGGAGCUACUGGAAGCAGUGAAGCAACCACCACGGGCGAGAGCUGUCAGUGAGUCGACCUAUCGUCCAUUAAUUAGGAAAUCGGAAAGUGGUACUGAACCAGAGAGGUCCGAAGCUUCUGGCCGGCGAAACUCGGAGACUAUGGUUCCGGCUAGACGUAAUUCAGUUGGUGGCACUAGAACCACAAUGCAGCGAAUCAGUGAACUGCCCGAAAAGAAACAGAGAAAAACUGGUCGUCGUUCUUUCAUGGGGUUUAUGAAGAAAAGUCGUCCUAAUACUGAAGAAGACGAGUUUGAACUUGGAGUUACUGUUAAUGAUGAUGAUGAAAGUGACGAUGAGGAGAGGGAUGAUGAGCGUCCCGAUAGUGUUGAGGACAAAGUAAGGCGGAAGGAAAUGAGAAAGGGUAUUGAUCUUGCUACAACACUAGAACGUAUAGAGAAAAACUUUGUCAUCACUGAUCCAAGGCUGCCUGAUAAUCCCAUUGUAAGACUCCUUAGUUUGUUGCCUAACAAUAAAGGUGUAUUGAUCUUGGGAUCUUUUCAGCUUAUACAAAGAUGUUAA